AUGUUUUUCCAACAACAAACUGCAAGACCAUUCGGAAUAUUUAGUCUUAGCGUUCGAUAUAAUUGCCCGUGGCAUCGAAAGAAUUUCACGCCUUCUUUCUUUCCGUUUAUGAUGAAACGCAAAGUGGAAAGACAAACCGCUGAAGCGCGAUCAAAGACCCGAGGCGGACGAUUGAUGCUUAUGGGCAGAAUACUUCGCGAGAAACAUUUCCUCGCUUGGAUAACGAAACCAACGCCUAACGAACGCGUUUCCAAUCCUUUAUAA